CACGAGCCGUUGAAAGCACGCAGAGGCUCGCUAUAUCAAGGCGUCUGUCCCAUCAGGUUUAUUCUCACAUCAGACAGUCGCACCCAUAAUCGCUCGAGCUUCUUCUCGUUGGCCAUCUUACUCUGUCUCAAGCGCCUUUAUACACACCCACCAACUAGGUCCAAUGACGACCGUGGAGCUCCAGUCGAAGGAGCAUCGUGACCUUCUCGACAUCAUCGAUCGUCUACGGUCCCAGGGGAUCAGCAAGUAUGUCGACCUUCCGGGGAUCAUUGUUUGCGGUGACCAGUCAGCCGGCAAGAGCUCUGUACUCGAGGCCAUUUCCGGCAUGUCAUUUCCAACCAAGGAUAACCUGUGCACGAGAUUCCCCACCGAACUGGUCCUGCGGCGAGACCCUGCCAGCAAAAUCGAUGUAUCCAUAAUCCCCGGUCCCGAGAGAUCUGGCGAAGAGAAGGAGUAUCUUUGCCGCUUCCCGCCCCCUCCUGUCGACUGGGCCACGAAAGACCUGGGUCCGGUCAUCGAGUCUGCCAAAGAGAAAAUGGGACUCUCUGGAGCCAAAGCUUUUAGCACCGAUACGCUCCGCAUAGAACUGUCCGGUCCAACGCAACCACACCUCACCCUAGUCGACCUGCCAGGGUUGUUUCGGGCGGGAAAUAAGGAGCAGUCCGUCGCCGACGCCGAGACAGUGGAGAAGAUGGUCCAGGAUUAUAUGAAAAGACCGCGAAGCAUCAUCCUGGCCGUCAUCUCCGCCAAGAGUGACUUUGCCCUUCAGAAUAUCACCGAGCUGGCGCACAAAUGGGACCCCGAGCGAGUCCGCACCAUCGGUCUAAUUACAAAACCCGACACCCUCGAGGUGGGAUCCGAAAGCGAGCUCUCUUACCUCAAACUUGCUCAGAACAAAGACGUCGAGUUGCAGCUGGGCUGGCACGUCCUCAGAAACCGGAAUUUUCACGAAAAGGAAUCGACGCUCCAAACACGAAAUCAAGUGGAGGAACAAUUCUUUUCACAGGGCAUCUGGAAGUCGCUGGAUUCAGGGCUUUGUGGUGCCAAGUCUCUGAAAGUCCGCCUCAGCAACGUCCUAAAGGAUCAAAUCAUAAGCCAACUGUCGGGACUUCUCCAAGACGUCCGUGGAGGCAUCGUGGAUUGCGAGGCGAAGCUCGAGAGACUUGGCUCCCCACGAGAAACCCUCUUAGAUCAGCGCCGCUAUCUUUCUAGGAUCGGGCAAGACUUCUCGAAUCUGAUGAAAGCCGCAGUCAAUGGCGCUUACGAGGGCCCUUUUUUCGGGGGCGCCAAAACCGAGGAGGGGUACCGGAAGCGUCUGCGCGCCGUCGUGCAGAAUAGGCUGACCGAGUUCGCCGAGGGGAUGCGCGAGCGUGGACACACCCGCCAUAUUCAAGACGACCCCUUAGAAGACGGUCAGCUUGACGGUCCCGUCAAGCACCAUCAACAAAACGCCAUUUCGCGCUCUGCCUAUGUUGAAGAAGUCAAAGGCCUUAUGAGCAGGAGCCGAGGGCGAGAGCUUCCGGGUACAUUCAAUCCACUCAUCAUCAGCGAGCUUUUCGUCGAACAGAGCCAGCCCUGGAAAGACCUCACCGCCGGCUUGAACCAAGACAUCCUCGAAUCUGUCCACGAUGUGGUUCGGGACAUAGUAGUUCAUGUGGCUGCCGAGGAGACUGCGAAUGCCAUUUUGCGCUUUGUUGAUGAAGGGAUCGAGUCGUUAAAGGAAGAUCUGGACCGAAAGCUAGACGAGCUCCUCGACCCUCAUUAUUCCGUCCAUCCCAUCAGCUACAAUCACUACCUCACAGACACGGUCCAAAAAGCACAGCAUGCCCGCCGAAAGCGUGCCAAUGAAGCGACGCUCGUAAAAUCCCUUGGCCUAGGUUAUCUUGACAGGAAUUAUGCUCUAAAGGGUAGCGGGAUUGUCGCCUUGCUCGACUCGCUCGGAGAGGGUGUGCAAGCGGAUAUGGAUCAAUUUGGUUGCUCGUUGGCCGUUGACUAUAUGCAAGCAUACUAUAAAGUGGCGUUGAAGAAGUUUGUCGACAAUGUGAGCGUUCUCGCCAUCGAACAAUGUCUCAUGCAAAAACUGCCAGAUCUUUUCAGCCCCGCGGUGGUUCUGGACUUGAGUGACGAAGAUAUCUCUCAUAUGGCCGCGGAAAGCGAGGAGGCCAGCGCGGAGCGAGCCCGGUAUAUCGAGAAGCGAGACGUUCUCCAGGCAGCACUGCCCAGCUUGGCCCGCUUGACCAAACGACGCUCACGAGUGGCGGUCAAACCGCUUCACAUCGAAUGGAGCUCCCUCGCCCCGGCCUACGACAUCGACCCGAGCUCAAGCCGAUUCAACAGAUACCUCAGCAGGUCUGGAAGCGCAUUCUAGAUCUGGGUCCGAAAAGCCGCUGUUACCAACGGUAAAAGCAGCGGCGGAAUCGUACGGAGAGAAUGGCGCGGAGACUGAACUUGGACCACCUGAACUUGAAGAGCCUUAUCCUGAAGAGCCUUAUCCUGAAGAGCCUUAUCCUGAAGCACCUGAACCUGAACCCCCUUAUCCUGAACCUGAGCCUGAACCUGAACCUGAACCACAGAAUGAGUGGGCAUUGCCACCUCAAGUCGCGGUGUAUGAUUCGCAGGAGGUUGUCCCACCACGGCUAAAGGGGAAAAAGAAGAAGAAGAUCAAAUCAAGUCGGAUAAACGACGAACCACCGCCUGUGGAAAUAGUGGAAGCGUCGCCCAGACUGGUGCCUGUAGCAAGUUCUUAUGAAUACUGAGCAGAAAAG